UCAGAUCCCCCGUCGCACCCUUCCUCCCUCGUCCCCAUCUCCUCGUCGCCGCCACCUCCUCCCCGUCCCCGCCACCUCCCAAUCCGGUGCACGCCGUCUCUGAAAUCUCCACUGGUCGUCUAGCCUAAGACCUCCGGCUAGACGCCGGCAGCAGCAGCGUAGAGCCGUCCGGCCGUGUUGUAUCGCCGGCGAACUCGCUCCGACGGCGCGGGCCUGCAUAGCCUCGGAUAACCUAGUGAGGACUCGUGUGAUGACCUCUGUGCUUCCGAGUCCCGAGCGCUGAACUGGAUCUGAAUCAGGGUAGCUCUCUCAACUCUCAAGUAGGGUUCCCGGAGUUGAGAGCCCCGCCUUGCGGGAUGGGGAGGCUGGACGUCGCCGCCGCAGUGGCCGCAUGGGCCAUCCCGAUCGCCGCCUUGGUCGACUCCAUCGUGCCUAACCCCUACAUGUACUAGGGUGGUGAGCAACAUCAGCGCGUGCAUGACGGUGGCCGACACGGUGCGGACCACCCUGGCCCCCCGCAGGAUGGACAAGCUCAUCCAUGACGACAAGGGCACCACCAUAACCAACGACGGCGCCACCAUCUCCAACGACGGCGCCACCAUCUCCAACGACGGCGCCACCAUCUCCAACGACGGCGACACCAUCAUGCGCCUCCUCGACAUCGUGCACCCCGCAGCCAAGAUGCUCGUCGACAUCACCAAGUCUUAGGACUCGGAGGAGGGUAGAAGCGGCCUCGACGCGGCGAUCGAGUCGCUCCUCAACACUGAGAAGCAGUGCCGCCUCGCCAGGCAUGUUGCUGGCACCCGGAAGGCCGCCGUCGACAUCGGCAAGCUCUGCUUCAAGGACGGCGCCUGGAAGGCGCUCAACGACCAGAUCGUCGUCCUCUCCAAGCGGAGGGGCCAGCUCAAGCAGGUACUGAGCAUGCCUACAGCAAUAUUUUGACCAGCCUCCCUAAUCCCGGUGGUGGUAAAUAUGGGAAAUUCUACAGCCUUCCUGCACUGAAUGAUCCAAGGAUCGAGUUGCUACCAUAUGCUGGAACAUAGUGGCAGCUCUCUUCAUUCUUAUCGGGAUCCUUUUGAUAGUUCACAGUGCUUCAAAGGAUACAUGCCAGGCAAUGGACGAAUGUGCAGACCAUCCUCGAGCAGAGACUGCUCUCAGCAACAUCCUUCCAUGUGUGGACGCGAGUACAACCAACCGAACCAUAGAAAGAUGAAGGAAUUGGGACCAUGGGCGAAGGGGCUACAGAACGGGAUGCCGGAUGCGGCGACAGGGCCGGCGGCCAUGUGCCCCGUCGCCAAGUACCCGCUGGUACUGGCCGAGGACAGGACGCGGCGGCCGGAUGUUCUCCGCCAUCUUAGGAUGUAUGGAGGUGAUUGGAACAUCACCAGCAAGCACUACUGGGCACUAUCAAGCAAGAGAGUAAUGGACUUUCACAGGGCAGGGUCUCCCCAUAUAAGAGCCGGUGCUCUAGACACUGGACGGGCCGAGACCGCCUGCAAGCACGUGAGGGCACUCGUUUGCAAGGAAAUGUAUACAUGAGAUAGUUAUUGUGUUAUGUAAACCUGGAAGAUGUAUUAUGUGAUGUUAUAUGAUGGAUGAUUUUAAUUCAA